GGAUUGCAACAUUUGGGGCCAAAAAAUAAAAGCAAUCGAAGAGAUUGCUGAUUAAAACAGAGCAGUAAAUGGCCUACAAGAUAUCUAUAAGGAUUGUCCAUUAUAUGUAUGCUAUAAGCCGAUACGGGGAAAUGUCUUAAAAAAGGGUCAGAAUUGGCCAAACAGAAGAUGACCAGCAACCAGUUGAAGGAUGAAUUGACCGGUCUCAAUGUGCCGUUUGAUAAAGGCUGGGCAUGGAUGAUCUCACUGAGCUGUUUUAUGAUCUUCUAUGUCUAUGCAGCUUAUGACCAAGUGGUGUCUGUUCUGUUAGUGGACAUCUUGCAGGACUUACACACUACCAUCAGCGUCAUGUCCAUCAUGUUUUCAGUCAACACGUGCUUCUAUUGUCUGGCAACUCAAGUGACCAACAAUUUUUUGCUUAAUCACAUGACUAACAGACGACUGGAAACGAUUGCCGCUGUCAUCAAUGUCAUGGCCACUCUGUUGUUUGUCAUACAGCCGAGUUCCGCCUUAUUCUUGACGUCAUCCUUCGUUAAAGCUACUGCUAAGGGCACAUCGUUAAUAUCCACCUUGACCAUGGUGGGUCAUUACUUCAAGAGAAGGCGUGCCCUCGGUAUAGGUCUGGCCCUAAUGGGUGCUAGUUUCAGCUCCAUCACGGUCCCACCGCUGACUCGCUACCUAAGAGACGAAUACGGUCUGAGGGGCUGCUUUCUGUUGGUAGCCAGUCUGGAAAUGCACGCUGUACUGGCCACCAUGUUACUCAGACCGAUAAGCAGCUAUAGAAAAAGGAAGAAUUUGUCAAAACAGUAUGAAGAAGCUCUAACGCACGAAGAGAAGCAUCUCCUGGAGGAACAUCCUCUCCCGGAACAUCCUCUGCCUGAACAUCCCCUGGACGAAUAUCCCCUGUCGGAACAUCUCCAGAGGGAACAUCCCUUGAAGGAACAUUCCAUGGAGCCGCACCACAUGACCAGCUUACCCAAAGUGGAACUAGAAACGGACGAUAUUUCCAAGUUAAAACAAAGUACGACCAAGAGGUUAAACUCUGACGGGUCUUUAUGUUUUAAACAUAAAGAACCCGCUGUUAUUUCAAAGGGCGAAAACUCUACAAUAUCAACGAUUGAUUACACAACGACAGCCAUCGACAACAACAUUGUCCAAGAUCAUGGUUCAGCCUUAACCGGAGAUCCUGAAAAGAAAUCUCAUUUUCCACAGAAUGCUUCUGAAAGUAUUCUUGGCGCCUUGAUUACAAUAUCCAAUCAAAACUAUUUAGAAGGUGACGCUGGGGAUUCAGUACAUAUAGAUAAACCAUUUGCGAUCACUUCUGCAGAUCACGUGAAUUCACAUAGCAAACCAACACAGGAAAAAACACUUUUAGCAUAUGAAGAAAGCAUUGCAAAUAUUACAAACAUUUUAAAAGACCACGAAACUGUACCAGAUAAUAAAUAUGUGGAACGCAUAGAAAAUGCCGACCGUAUCGCAGCAUUGCAGCAUACAAAAAACGAAACGGACCCCAUUCCUCCAAGUAUACAUUCGUUACAGACAUCGUACACCAACAGAGCAGAUAGCAAGAGAGUUCUAAUGGAUAACGUGGAAGUCACCAGGCUCGCUACCUACAGAGAAGCUUCAGUUGAGGAAGUCCCUGACAAGGACCAUGACAUUUACAAUCGAGAGGAUACUUAUGAAGUCCCGACAGCCCAGACACGACCAUACCGUUGGAGAUCCAACUCUUGCUCUAUAGGAAGCAGUGGCGCCAUCGAUGUUCUAACCGUAGAAGAGAACAUCUCCACCAAUGUCGCUUCUCUCUCUGACAAGUCCAACACGAAAAAUCACCAUAAAAUGACCUCCUGGAUUAGAGUCAUUAUAAAUUUCCCUUUGCUGAAAAACUACCUCGUCAUUUUGAUAUUUUGUAUUUACUGUUUGACGAACGGUGGUAUCCUCACGAUUAUGUACUUACCAUCGUAUGCCAGGCGCGUGGGAAUCGAACCACAGAGCGCAGCGAUACUGCUGACUGUUUCCGGCACUUGCGACAUGGUCUCCAGAGUCUUCUCCGGCUUUUUCGUGGAUUUGAAGAUCAUCAAAAUUAACAUCAUCAUGGGCGUAUCUCUGUUCUUCAUAGGUGUAGUUAGUCAGUUUCUUGGGCUGUUUGUGACUUUAGAAUUGCUGAUAAUGUAUUCCGUCAUGCAGGGUUUGAUUGGAAGUAUAGGCGGCAGUUUGAACACAGUCUUAAUUGUGGAGACACUUGGCAUUAACUACCUCUCUAAGGUGCUGCCCAUGUGCAGUCUGUUUCUUAGCAUUUCGAUAGCAAUACAACAACUUAUAGUUGGGGCGUUGAUCGAAUGGACGGAGAACUAUGUGGUGGCGUUUCAAUACGUUGGCACCAUGCACAUCCUCGCUGCUGUGUUGCUAGUGGUGGCUUUGCCUCUGGUCAAGAAAUUGCAACUAGCCAAAGAAAACAGAUUCUUGGACAAGAAGUAGACCUAAUACUGGGGUGGGCUGACUGCGGCCGGCGGAGGUUGAAAUGCAGCGUCUUAAUAGGUCCAGUCGUCUGGGAGUUUUCCCCACUUCAAAAGCCAAAGCUGCAACAUAGUCAAUUCUAUCAUUAUAGACCAACCAAAAGUGGAUUUUGUUAAUAUUCAUAUUAUUAAGUUUGUACAAUUGGUAGCUGUAACAAAAACACGAAUAAUUGUGAUAUAAAAACUAAACAAAUGUUUAUUUAACAUUAAAGCUGUCUAAAAUAUGUUUGAAGAAAAAUAAAGCACUGUUUCGAAUG